AUGUCGAAACUCGUCCCUAUUGCUAGUCAUAGUCUGUCGCCGGACACCUCUGGUCCUUAUGAAGAAGGGGAAAAAGGAAAUGCAUAUCAAAAGACUUCUGAUAAUGAGAAAGGAGAAUAUGUAGACGUAUCUGGCCGUGAGAUCAUUUCUGAUGAACAUCGCAAGCAGCCACGCCAGUUACCGCUGCAAGCUUAUUCUCACUACGCUGAUAUCCAGCGUGAAUAUGAGAGGUCAAAAGACUACGAUGGCCUCUAUGCUGUUCAGAGGGAACAGAUGUACACGGACGCUAACAGCAAUCUGUCACCCACGAAGCUAGAUUCGCAGCGGAUGAUGCGCAUAGCGAAGGCAUAUUCGGUGUUCUUCCUAAUCACUACAGAUAUUCUGGGCCCAUCCAAUGCUCCUAAUGCCAUUUCGCAGAUGGGCUACGUGCCUGGAGUUAUCCUCUACGUAGUUUUCGGUAUCGCUGCUGCGUGCGGCGGUUGGCUACUUAACCACUGCUUUUGUAAGGUUGACUCGAACAAUUAUCCGAUCCGCACGUUCUCCGAUCUGGCUUCCCGUGUUGUAGCGCCUUGGUUCCGGUAUCCGUUUGGACUUCUACAAUUUAUCCAAAUGAUAUUGAAUUGUGGUUUGCUACUAUUGAGUACUGCGCAAGCAGUGUCACAAAUGCUGAUUGUAAACAGAGGCAAAGAUAAUUUCUGUUUUACCGUUGACAUUUUAGUGUGGGCUCUCCUAUGUAUGAUCGCCGGUCAGAUUAGCUCUCUUGGCAAAUUCGCCCACAUUGCGAACUCCGCAGUGUGGAUGAACAUCGCAAUCUGUAUUUGCACAAUGGUAGGUGUUGCUGUGGGAGGUCCUUACUACGGUAUCUUUCAACAAUAUGGAAAAGGGCCUCCAUAUUACUAUCCUGAUACCUUCAACCCGCUGCCAAUUGUGAAGCACGCUAUCGCGCCCGGUAGUCUUGGUGAUCGUAUUGCGGGUAUGAACAAUAUGGUUUUUGCUUGGGGUGGUGCCACAAUUUUCUGCGAAGUUAUGGCAGAAAUGAAGCGUCCAAUGGAUUUCUGGAAAGGUAUGCUCUGUGCGCAAAGUCUUAUUUUGGUGGUCUACCUUUUCUACGGACUUUUCGUGUAUACGUACAAUGGACAAUUCUGUUAUGUGACCGCAAAUCAAGCCAUAGCCUCCGUGGGUCUACAAAAUGCAGGCAAUGUACUCACUAUCGUAUCGGGUCUGAUUGCUAUGGUAUUGUACGGUAAUGUGGCUAUCAAAGUUAUCUACCAGGGUUUUUUGGUGGCCGAUCUUGGUUUCCCCCACCUUACCACGCGCAAGGGAACAAUCGCGUGGGGACUCUUUGUGAUUGCUUACUGGGCAGUCGCUUAUAUUCUCGGUACAGCUAUCCCAUCUAUCAGCGCCCUCGUUCAGAUCGUCGGUGCUUUUUGCAUUCUAAAUUUCUCAUACACAUUCCCAUUUCUAUUCGGAUUCUGCCUAUUAUGCCGCCAAGAUGCGUCAUUGGCCGACAAGUUCGAUCUUAAGACCCUAACUGUCGAAAAAGCUGACUCGUAUUUACGCAACUUGUCGAGGUGGAAGCGUGCUAUCGCACACGGAGGCACUCGCCGUAUUUUGAUCAAGUGUUCGCUCUUUCUACUUUUCCUUGCCUCACUCGCUACUUGCGGCUUAUGUUCUUAUUCAGCAAUUACGGGAGCUAUCCAGGCCUAUCAGACCAAUACUGCACAUGCAUUCACAUGCACUUCUCCUGUUGGAUGA